ACAGUAUGUUCAGAGGGAACAACAAUGAUUGCAGAAUCUAUGUUGGAAACCUUCCAGAAGAUUGUAGGGAGAGAGAUAUAGAAGAUAUCUUUUAUAAAUACGGCAGGAUUGCCGACAUACGAAUUAAACGUGGCGAUGCCACCAGAGCGCGACAGAGUCGUCGAGGAGAAAACUUAUCCUACGCCUUUGUGCAGUUUGAAGAUUCCAGGGAUGCUGAGGAUGCAGUUAGAGGUCGUGAUGGUUAUGAAUUUGAUGGUCGUAGAGUCAGAGUGGAGUUCACUCGUGGUAGCGGGAACAACAGACGCGAUAGUGGCCGUGGUUAUGGUAAUAGUGGUAGUUACGGUGGGGGUGGCAGAUCUGGACGUGGGGUACCACCACGACGUUCAAACAACAGAGUGUUAGUGAAAGGCUUACCCCCAACGGGCAGUUGGCAAGAUAUUAAAGACCACAUGAGAGAAGCGGGUGAAGUAUUAUAUGCCGAGGUGUAUGGAGAUGGUUCUGGUAUAGUUGAGUUUGCACACUCUGACGAUGUCAAAUAUGCUGUGAAGAAUUUGGAUGACACUGAGUUUCGUUCACAUGAGGGUGAGACUAGCAGAGUGACUGUGACAGAUGAUUCUGGAAGUGGUGGUCGUAGGAAGAAAAGCUACUCUAGAUCAAGAAGUCGCUCUCGAAGCAGAUCCAGUAAACGUUCCCGUAGUCGCUCCAAAGACAACCGCUCUAGAAGCAGAUCAAAAAGCAAAUCACGAAGUCGCUCCAAGUCUCCAGCUAAGAGUCACUCAAGAUCGCCAUCUCCAAGGGAUUGAGGGAACAAGUGCAUCUCCUGUGAACCCCAUAUAUAUAGCAUGAUUUUAGUUACACUAUAGUCAAUAAAACUUUCUAUUGUACAGACUAUAACUUGGUUAUUCCCAACUUGUAUUACAUUUAUGCAUUGUAACUAUUCCCUCUGACAAUUCUAUUGCCAAUUUUGUUACUGAAACAUCAGGAGUUCAAGUGACAAGAUAACUUGCUAAUACCAUGCUUUACUUACCUAAAAACCAGGAAUGUAACAUUAAACUCUUGACAAAAUUAGGUUUGUAAAUCCUAUCAAUCCUUUGUACCAACCAGUCACCUGUAUGUUAGCUAGCAUAUUAUGCUACAAUAAGAUCUACAUUUCUCAUCAUACUGUGCUAUCAAUCACAUCUUCCUGCACAUUGUCAAUAAUUCAUACCUCAUUACACUGCUAGUUAGUGUCCUAUUGCUGCAUUCAUGCAAGGAAUCAACCCAGUUCCAUAAUAUCUAUAGUUUCUGAUGGCAAAGCCUCCAAAGGAUUCAGGGUAUCCUAAAUUAUGAACAAUGUGCACCACAGGCAUUUUGUGCCUGGGUGAUGUUUUACACAAACUAGAUGUAAUUAUAUUUGUUUGGAAUCCUUGGCCAAUUAUUGCUUGCUUCAAAUGCAUUUGGCUACAUAGCAAAUUUUCUCAUGUUACCAUUUUGA